AGACACUUUAGUAGCAGUAAAGGUAGAUGAAGGAGGUAAGGAAGUCAUGGUCGUUGGUCCUUGUGUUGGGUCUGGUGCAGCAGAACCAGCUGUGAAUCCGGGUUUACAGUGCUGCUGUUCUCUACAUCGUUCUGUAGCAGCUGUACUGAGAAACCAUAGGAGACAUUUUCCAAGCCAGAACUUAAUGCUCCUGAUCACAAUGAUGUAAAAAUCCUCUUGCUUUAGCAUGGAAACAUGGCUUCAGCGACUCUCCUGUUCUUUGUGUUGAUGUUGUCAUCUGUACGGGUUGGAAAGUCUGCUGAGAGUCUGAUUAAACUGAAAUGUCAGCCUGCAGUAGGAGUCAUUGGUCAGACCACUCAAAUCUCCUGCAGUAUCGAGUCCCUCACUGAUUCUAAGCCUAUCAAUAUUGACACAGUGGUUUUAACUAGGAGUGGAGAGAAUAAACCCUGUUUCACUUUUCAACCAUAUGUGAACAAAGUGACAGGAGACUCUCGAUUUAAAGUUGAAAACAGGCCAUCGUUACAGCUUCGUAACACCGCAAUCUCAGAUGAAGCUGAAUAUACGUAUUUCAUUCAGACCAACAGAGGCAUUGAUAAAGUUAAAUUCACAAUCAAUGUCACAGGCAAAUACAGCAACCCAGUCAUAACCUCUGUGCCGGAAAAGAUAGUGAAUGGCGAACAUGCUGAUCUGUACUGUAAUGCUAGUGGUUUAUACCCAGUAAGAACCAUACACUGGUUUGAUCAAAGCAACACAAACUGGACAAAAAGCGCCACACUGCAAAGCACGCAGGGAAAUGACGAUCUCUUCACUCUGACCAGCAAACUGAGCUUCCAGAAGAUCAACACGGCCUGGGCACCUUACACGUGCGUCGUCCUCAACAACAAAUAUAAAGAAGAAGGAAAGAGCACUUUUCUUCUGGAGAGAAAGGAUAUCCCAUUGCAUCCCCUAGCUGAUGAAAGCACGGUGAAGAUCAGCAUUGCUGGUGUGGUACUUCUUGGGUCUCUCAUCGUCGGGUCUCUCAUCAUCGGGCUUCUCAUCGUCAGGCUCUUGAUUGCUUACUUGUUGAAGCGAAGAUGCGAACCGCAGCUAAAAAGAGUAAGAUCUCUCAACCUUCCAGUAAACUUUUCCAAAGAUCCUGAUGUUGAAGAUGAAAAAGCCCUGAAUGAACCCGAUUAAGAUUGCAGUGUAACGUCUGAUUAUUAAUUACCCUGUAAACAUUUAAUCAUAUGAUGGUAAGUUUAGAAACACAGCCAUCAGGACACUUUUAUUUUCUAAAAAAACUUAUUCUUUCUCUAUUACUGGCUCAACAAACAAGUUAGUGUUCAGUAUCAUGUGACCCUGAGUGUGAUUUUAAAUGUGUAAUUAAAGGGCCAGGCUGUGGAAACUGUGGAAAGUCCUUAAAUGUAAUGAUAAGUCAGGAUGUUAAGAGCUAGUACCGUGUCCCACAGCUCUAAAGUCUGAGGUUCCGUCCUGAUCCUGAGCGCCCUUCAGGUGUGUCAGUAAUGUAGUUCCCUUAUCUCAGUGGUUCUAAACCGCAGAGAGAUCAGAAGGGGGGCGCAAGUUGUUUUCAAGAAAAAAACACAGACAGGGCAUCAUUUGGGUACUCUGUGUAUUGUAUUGCUUUUCAAAUAGAAUGUGUAUAAAUGAAAAACCCUG